GCACAGCCAGAGACCGUCCUCCUCACAUCCCCAUCCCCAUCCCCAUCCCCAUUGACGCCUGCUCCGGCCGCAGCUCCGGCCGCAGCACACCUGUGGUCCCCGGACCGCCCGCCCCAAAUUCCCCAUACCUCCCGCUUCCAUCCCUCAGAUAACCCUAGCAUUCAGUGGGGCGGCGCGGGACGCGGCGGCGAGCACGUGCGAGGCUGCGACGGCGAGGAGCUGUCCGGCGGGGUUGUGCGCGAGGCGAGACACGCACGGGACGCGGCGGCGGCGUCAGCGUCGGCGUCGGCAGCGAGCACGUGCGAGGCUGCGCACAACUGCAUCCUCCUCCCCCCUGGUGGAGCAGGCGAAAGGGAUUGAGUUCUCUCUCAUGGCCGUCGCGGCAGCCAUGGCAGCGGCCUUUCCCCCCUCCGGCUACGCGCCUCCGCUCCCUACUACCACCUUCAACCCUACCCCCGGCACCCACCUCGCCCCAUUCACUCUGCAUCUCCGCGUCGGCCCACGUCGCGCCGCUGCUGUUACCGCCGCCGCCGCCACCCUCCGCGAGGUCUGCGCCGGCCGCGUCCCGGACCACGUCCUACAGAGGGCUGAGGAGGUUGGGUAUGUCGUGCCCACCGAGGUGCAGGAGCAAUCCCUGCCGCUUCUGCUGUCCGGCCAGGAUUGCAUUCUCCAUGCGCAGACAGGCUCCGGGAAGACACUGGCGUAUCUCUUGUCUGUCUUCUCCGCCAUCGAUUUCAGAAGGUCCUCUGUGCAAGCACUUGUUGUCGUCCCCACAAGGGAGCUUGGCAUACAGGUCACCAAGGUUGCUAGACUGCUUGCAGCCAAGGCCUGCACCGUCAUGGCUUUGCUUGAUGGUGGCAUGCUCAAGAGGCAAAAGAGCUGGGUCAAGGCAGAGCCCCCUGCAAUAAUUGUAGCUACCGUGCCAAGCUUGUGUCAAAUGGUUGAGAGGCGCGCUUUCUCCCUUCAAUCCAUGAGAGUGUUAGUUAUUGAUGAGGUUGAUUUUAUUUUUGGAUCAUCAAAGCAAGUGAGCUCUCUUCGCAAAAUAUUAACCUCUUAUUCAGCAGCCUCCAGUCGUCAAACCAUAUUCGCAAGCGCAUCAAUCCCUCAGCACAAUCGCUUUCUGCAUGACUGCGUGCAGCAUAAGUGGACCAAGAGUGAUGUGGUUCAUGUUCAUGUCAACCCUGUACAGCCCAUGCCUUCGCACCUAUGUCACAAAUAUGUGAUCUGCACUAAGAAGGAAAGGCUGCAUGUUUUACUAUCAUUGCUUGAGAGGGAUGCACCAAAGUCUGCAAUCAUAUUUGUUGCUGAACAGUCUGAGAGAUCAAAGAAGGCUGGAAAUCCUCCUUCAACAGCCGUCGUUAUUGAAUUCCUGAGAAAUUCAUACAAGGGAAGUCUAGAUGUGCUUCUUCUGGAAGAAGAUAUGAAUUUCAAUGCUCGAGCUGCCUCAUUCUCUGAAGUGAUGGGAAGAGGUUUCAUGCUAGUUUCAACGGACAUAGCAAGCAGAGGGUUUGACCUUCCUCAAACCAGCCACAUAUACAACUUUGACCUUCCUAAGACCGCGACUGACUAUCUGCACCGUGCUGGAAGAACUGGGAGAGAACCAUUCUCCAGGUUGGAAUGCAGUGUGACAACCUUGAUAACAGAGGACGAGCACUUCGUGUUACAGAGAUUUCAGAAUGAGCUCAAAUUCCACUGUGAAGAGCUGCCCCUGGAGUCCAUGUUCACGUUUAACUCGUCAUAGUUUGUCAUAACAAAUUUGGUCCUGAUUUGUCAUUAACAUCUCGUGCAGCGUAGUUCACUGGAUUGUAAGUAAUAGAUUAUGAAACGACAGCUGGGGGUUGUCUAUUGGUCGCAUACCCAAAGCACGAUUAUAUUAGACUGAAGCAUGUGUGCCAAAUCAACAACAUAAAGCAUGACUAUA